AUGUCCCUGAUUCACAUAAACGUCAUAAUAGCCUUCUCCAUAUCCCUCGUAGGUCUACUAAUAUACCGAUCCCACCUAAUAUCCGCACUACUCUGCUUAGAAGGCAUAGCACUAUCCCUAUUUAUCUUUACAACCCUCACAACCCUAAAUUUACACUUCACCCUGGCCAACAUAGCUCCAAUCAUCCUUCUAGUCUUCACAGCCUGCGAGGCAGCUAUUGGACUAGCUUUACUAGUCAUGAUUUCCAACACAUAUGGCACCGACUAUGUCCAAAGCCUUAACCUCCUCCAAUGCUAA